UUUGGGUUUUGUUUUUACUGUUUUGAGAAAAGGAGAUGAGAUUUCAGGAAAUGUGUUUAAGCAACUCAGAAAAAACUGUAAUAUAAAACUGAAUGAACAGAUCUUGCUAUGGUUUACUAGUGUCCCCUACUGGAAAUAGUUUGAUGUUUAUUUUGACUCUGGGUUUAGGACCCAGCAGUGUUUUCUCACCGGUCCAGAUCAACUUGGGCACAACUUGGAGCAGCAGACAGAGAACUAUCGCCUGGUCUGUCUGCAUGGUCAGUGUGAAUUUGGGCAUGAUCUCAGGAGAAGAAACAACAACUACACGAUUUGCUCUCUGAAUCAGCUUUGCUCGGGGUUUACUGCUGUCUGAAAUAGACCGUGGAGCCAUGGAUCCAGACAGACAGAAGCGCAAAGAAGACAUAGAGAGAGCAUUAGGAUUUAUUCAGUCAUCAUUGCCCUUUCCUGAUCCUGAUGCCUAUGAGGGAUUUUUGACUCAGUUGGUGUGCAAUUUACUGGAUGAGGGUAACACAGUUUUUCGCGAUGGAGAUUGGAAACAGGCGGCCACACAUUACAGUGAAGGUGUGAAUGUAGCACGCUAUGCUCAGUCUGAAGCACUGGCGAUUCCUCCAGAACUGCUGGAAAGUCUCUAUGUUAACAGAGCAGCGGCCUUCUAUAACCUUAGGGAGUAUGAACGGGGUGUGCAGGAUUGUGACAGUGCACUCUGUGUGUCAGAGGGCAGCCGGAGAGCACUUUAUAGAAAGGCACUGUGCCUGAGAGAGCUGGGCCGAUUGAGGGAGGCUUAUGAAUGUGGAACUGGGUGCCUACUCGCUGCCCCUCAGGACAUACAAGUCAGUGAACUGGCUAAGGACCUCGCCAAUAAACUAGGCCUGAAAAUCCGCAAAGCCUAUGUUAGCCCUCAGGUUGAAUCUACAUCUGGGCCUGCCAGUAAUGGAGAAACUGCUCCCUCCACAGGGGAGAACUCCACAAAUGGUCUUGAGACGUUGACAGAUAUUGAUUCAGAUUUGUCAAAUGCUCAAUGCAUCCCAGCACCUUUGGCCACCCCAAUCCCGGUCAGUGACGACCUCCCCAUGCCUGCGCUGAGCCCCGUAGUGCAACAGGAUACCCCAGAGAGUCCUAGCCAGGGGCCCACAGGAAGAGUUCAGUAUUCUGUUCCUGUGUCUGAGGAUGUGGGUGAAUGCAUGAAAAACACAGAUCUGGACAGCCUGCUGGAAAAAGGAGCCGAGGAAAGUGUGAACCCUGUUCAGGGUGCCAUUCCAACUAACCUUCCAAACACAGCUGUAGGAUUAUGUCCUCCUUACUCUUCUGGUCUCCCAGCGUCUUCAUCUCCGCUCACUUCCCCUUAUUUUGGCUCUGCCGUCAGCUCCUUGACUCAGAUGGACUCUUUCUCAGCACUUGCCCAGAGUGAGAGCUCCUCACAAGCCAUGGAAUCUCUCCACUCUUUCACGUCAGACGGUCCUGGAAGAGCCAGGGCUGAAUCACUGGGAACACAAGGAAUUGACUCGCUGUCUGAGUAUACGUUACCAGGAGGAAGAGCAUCCACCAGUUUUAUUCCUGGAUUACGGAACCACGGUGCCAUUCACUCAAAUGGCUCUGCUGCCACCAACCUUUCCCUGUUGUCCCAGAAUCCUCUGGCUGCCACUCAUGAGUUUAGACAAGCUUGCCAUGCCUGCUACAGUCGAAUAGGUCCUCGGGUCAUGGAUUAUAAGUACCAGCCUGAGGCAGCUCAUCGCUGUAAGAGAGAUGUUUUGCUCUGUCGACUCAAAUCAUCUGAAGACGCGUCUUGGAAGAGGAUACGACCUCGUCCUGCCCGCAAUAACUUCCUAGGAGCAUUUGUUCUCUGCAAAGAGGUGCAAGAGCGUCAGGAGUGCCAGUAUGGGGAAAACUGCACCUUUGCCUAUUGUCAGGAAGAAAUAGACGUGUGGACCCAGGAAAGGAAAGGCGCUCUAAGUCGAGAGCUACUGUUCGACCCCCUGGGCACAAAUGAAAGACGGGCACUUAGUGUCACUCGCCUCCUGCAGAUUCAUAUGGGCAUGUUUAUGUUCCUCUGUGAGGAAUGUUUCGACAGUAAGCCUCGUAUAAUAAGCAAGCGCAGCAAGGAGAAUCUAGGUGUCUGCUCCAACCUAACUGCAAAGCAUCCUUUUGAUGAUAACAAGUGCCUGGUGCACGUGGUGCGAUCAGCCAACGUGCGCUAUAGUAAGAUCCGUCCACUGCACCCGCUGUGCCAGUUUGACGUAUGCCGACACGAGGUGCGCUAUGGUUGCCAAAGAGAAGACAGCUGCUCCUUCGCUCACUCAGUCAUUGAGCUGAAGUGCUGGGUGCUGCAACAGGACACUGGCAUCACCCAUGAGGAGAUGGUGCAGGAAUCUAAGAGACACUGGCAAAGGCUGGAGCAGAAUGCACACAGACAGAAGCCCAUGCACAUGCCUCAUCAGACCAGCUUCAGUAAUGCAUUUAACAGAGAGGUGGUUGGGACUGGAGGAGGAGUUGGAGGGGGAGGCGACAACAUUGGGGGUGGCGGCACCUGUGGCCGAGGCAGGGGACUUAACCUCAAGAUGAAAUUUGUGUGUGGCCAGUGCUGGAGAGAGGGCCAAGUCAACGAGCCAGACAAGGCACUGAAAUACUGCACUGCCAAAGCCAAACAUAGCUGGACUAAAGAGCGCCGAGUGCUGUUGGUAAAAUCAUUUGAAAAGAAGAGGUGGGUAGUUGUACGACCACUACCAUUCUCUCGGACCUACCCCCAGCAGUAUGAUAUGUGUGUUCAUGUGAUGAAGCAGAAGAAAUGUCACUACAUCGGGAACUGCUCUUUUGCACACAGUUUGGAAGAAAGAGAUGUGUGGACCUACAUGAAGAACAACAGUUUGAGAGACAUGCAGCAAAUGUAUGAUUUGUGGCUGUCACUGACCAAUCAGACUCGUCGAACAGAUGGCACGCUGAUGACUCCACCAUCAGAAGAAAAACAAACAGCCAUGCCAGCAGACUAUACUGAGUCAGUGGCGGGGCGGCAGCUCUCAGGAAAUGGGGAUCUGUAAUCCUGGCAGAAACAUCGAGUAGCAGGCCAUGCGGCUGCCUGCCAAGGCUUCCUGUGAUGAGAACCAGACAUGUUCCAGACGUCAGUUUGUAUUCUCCAUUCCCUUCAGUGCAAGCGCUAUGAAGACGGCCUGAGCAUAAACCUAACAUGGUGAAUGUGACCGCAUACACACAUACUUUUCCAUGCCCAACUGCAUUGAUUUAGUAGCUGAAUGUUUUGUAUGGAUCUCAAAAGAUUUCAUUAGGAUGCGCAAUGUGAGAUGAGCAGAAAAUUAAGAUGCUCUUUGCAUUUUACUUCCUGCACCCAUGUGUGUGGUCGUUCACUCUGUAUUUCCGCCAUAUUGGUGGAAGAAACUGAAUGUAUUGCCAGCAGUCCAAAUGAUUCAAAUGUAGAAUUUAAUAAACAUGACAUGGCAAACAGUUAAAUAACUUGACAUUAUUCUCCUGCCUGUUUGGAUUUUAAAAAGAGCUAACAUGUAGGUUUGAUGCCUCCAUUUGCCAGUCUUGCGUGCCCAUGCUUGUGUUGACAUUCAGUAACUAUGUUGCACUGUGUGAGCUGUGACUGGGGCUGCAUUUUGUAAUCAGGCAAUGGAAAGUUAUUUGCACAAACUGAAUAUAAUGAUAAUCUGCUCCUUCAGUCCAGAAGCUGGCAAACUAAAUUUAAGCAAAAAUUAAACUGUAAUUUUAUUAGAAAACAAAUGUGAUUGUUCAGAAUGAAGAAUUUUAUAAGCAUGUGUGAUUGGAAUUAGACUUAUUUGAGAACCACCAGGGUUUUAAAAGGUUUAGAUAAAAAAAAUAUUCCUAAAUUCGUUAUAGUUAAAGCCCUGUACAAGAUUAUUACAAGAUAUUUUACACUAGCUUACAUCUACCUGUCCAGGCACGGAAAACUAAUUUCUAGAAAUAUAGGCAAAUAAGCUAUUUAUGGUCUGCCUAGCAUAAUUAUAUUCCCUCCAAAAUAUAUAUUCUCAUUACAUACCUUGCUACUCUAGUAAGCCUUGUCCAUACGUAUGGUGGACAUACAUAUAAUAUAUCACUAAUGAUUAUUGAUAACUUAGCAGUUAAGCUUAAAUAAAUAUAGCCUGACCUUGUAUUGAUUAUAUAGAACCUGUUGUUAUUAUAACUAUGCUAUAUGGCUAUUGCUGAUUAGAUGACUAGUGAUUUUUUUUUUUUUCUUGCUUUUGUGAGGGUCAUUCCAGAAAUGUUGCUUUUCUGAGCUUGCACUUGUCAACACAAAGAAAGUAGUAAUUGUAAAUCAAGGGCAAAGCACAUUAACACCUAAUACAUAAUGUGAAUGUAGAAAUAUAAAAUGGCACGUUAUCUAGAAGUGGACGUUAGGAAAGUAAUUAUUAAAAGCUCAUUCUUGGCUGCAUUAAGCUAAAAUCAACUUUCUGGAAUGACCUUGAUGUAUGCUUUAGUGAGGGAUUGUAUUAUUAUUACUACUACUACUACUACUACUACUAUUAUAAUAAUGAUUACUAUUAUGCCUAUUUCUAUCCUGCUAUAUUCUAUUGAUAUACGUAUAUGUUAAUUGAAAUGUAUAACUCUUUCUUUAAGUAUAUGUAUUCUUGUAUGAACAUAAACUUUAACAGUAAAUAGUCUAUGUAUGCUGAGAGACUUCUCCAUUUAGGAAGAUGAUACAUGUGCUUGAGGUUAAGAAUAAAUUUUAGUUUGCUCUUAAGCCCAAACCAAGUCUUUCAGUUACAGUAUAGAAUAUUGCUGGAUGUUGGAUAGAAUUGCUCAGUCCAUGUUGUCUUAUUAAAGGUCCUGAUAGUCUUUUGUUUGAAUGUUAAUGUAACAGUUUGACAUUGCAAGGCAAUGUGGAGAAAUACUGAUACUUUACUAUUAUGAAUAUAUUUUUCUUUCUCAGCUUUCUGUGAAUUUCCAAUGAAAUCCUCAAGCACAUGUAUUGUCAGUUGUAUUGUGAUAUACUAAGCAUACAUAUAUUUCUUUGUUUGCAUAGCGCAUUAUACAAUAUAAACAUAUAUACAAUUAUAAAUAUCCUUAACUUGUAUAAUCUUUCUCUUGUACUAUAUGAUAAUUAAAUACAUACUUAGACAACUUAAAUAAGAAAAUAGAUGCAAGGUGAUGGAUGGGUUUUGAUUUGUUCUGUUGUCUGUUGGCUAAAUUUUGAGGCUGAUAUGGUUGCUCGUGCAUGUAACUUCAUUGUCUUGAAUGUUGACGAGUAAGAGUCUUUUUGGUUUUGAUACCAGUUUCCACUUUUGGUGACAGGUAGACAGUCAGAUAAAGGAUGAGUAAUCUGAUAGAAAAUGAGGACAGAGUGAUUCAGUUCAUAGAUACUUAAUUAUAUGAAAUCAUAGUGUGUGCAAACAGCCAUAUCAAAUGGUCAAAAUCUUUGCCUGAUGGAUGUUCAGUGGUAUACAAAGUGGAUAAUUAACUCAAAACACCUGUCAAGUUGAGCUUUCCUUUAAAGUGUGAAUCUGCAACAUUCAGGCUUUUUUUACUUAAACCUUUUUGCCCAAGUAGCUUAAACAAACAAGUAAGAAAAUGCACAUGGUUGAAUAACCUUUGUGUUUCAUACUUUAUAAACUCGUGGUCUAUUUUAAAUCACAGACAGUGAUGCAUUGAUCUGGGCAUGAAAUUCCAUCUUUACAUCAAAAUGACAAUGUCUUUAACAGAAUUAUGGGUGAUGUUUGUUCUCUGUCAAGAUCAGUUACUUUUCACCUGUUGAAAAUAACUAAUACACAUCGGGGUUUUGAACAAAAAAGAAACAAUGCCUCUUUUGUACUGUAUUUUUUACAUUUUUUUGUUUUGUUUCCCCUCUUUUCUCAAGUAAAAUUGAAUAUUGAUCACAUUGGACCAAAUCUCAUGAGUGUUUAACAAUAAACAGACUGUUUUGGAA